AUGGAUGCUCGACCGAAUUUUGAGGAUGUUGACGAGCUAUGGCUCCAUCCGGUGGACCUCGACGAGCAGAAUCGUCUCCUCGACGACGUCGAUCGGAUAUCUUUCGAGGAUUCCGAGCGAUUCGAGGAAGAGUCAAGCUCAUGGCAGUCGAUCGAAUCCCUCAACAUAGCACAACAAAAUUGGCGAGGAUGGACUGGAGAUGUGAAUCGCGGAGGAGCUGAGGAAGAAAUCGACAAUCAACCUGGGCCCUCGAAUCGUUUGUUGGCUGUUUCGGGGAGACAUUCAGCCGCCUCGUCGACUCACACGCUCACUCGGCCACACAGUUCACAUCAUCAACGGGGUGCUCAAAUCGGAUCAUUGCGCUCAUUCGCCGCCGAGGCUUGCGCUCAACACCUCUCCUUCGAGAGCAUUCAAGAGAAAUAUCAAACACUUUUCAUGGAAAAUCUGGACAAUCCGAUGUCGAUCUACAAGACAAACAUGUUGCCCGAAGAUUAUUUCAUGGAGAUCGUUCAGUAUUGUUUUCCGAAGAGUGAAGAGGAUGUUCGAUUGUACAGUUGUUUGGCAAACCGAAAUGGAGAUGAGUUCGUGAGCGGGGAGACGCUGCUAAAAGAGAACCUCGUGCACGAUGUACUGCAAAUCGGAUUCCAUCUAUCCGGUCUUGUACGCGGGAAAGCGAUUCUUGAUGAGCAAACGGGUAAAAUGGGAAUCAGUCACAAUAAAGAUGAGCAUCGAGUUUCCGCCAAGAUUGACAGGUGCCGAAUCGUGGAGUUGGAGUGCAGUUGUGACUUGAAAUCCCAAUGGUGCCAACAUGCGGUUGCCUUGUGCCUCUAUCGAAUGCAGAAAAUUGAUCGAGUCGAAUUCCGUCCGCCAUUAAUCGAGGCGAUCUCCGAAAUGAAGGCGGACAAAUUGCGGGUAUUCAUCAGUUAUCUGUUGGACAAAUUGCCCAGACAGUACUUGCCGACAGCCCAAAUCUUGCUCGAUGAGCUGGGAAAAGUCAGCGACGAGGAGAUCAACACGCACACGCUCAUCGAUUCAAGCGUCCCUGCUCAUUGCGAGCGGGCAAUCUGGGUGUUCAACGAAGAUGUGCUUAGGGAAAAUGUACGACGAAGCAUCAACAAAUUCUGCAUCCCGUCACCACAAGUGCAUUGUGACGUCGAGUCAAUGUCCUCUCCACAAACCGCCGUCUCUUUUGAGUUCUCCUCGCUGCACCGAUCUUUCAGAAGUCGUGAACCGGAAGCUCUCUGGAAUCUGUUGUCGAUUGUGCGAGAGAUGUACCGGCGACGGGACGAAAACGCGACAACCCUCUUGCACAUAAUCACCGAGCAAUGUCUGAUGAGUGAGCCGAUGCUCAUUUGGUGGUACAUGGCCAAAUUGGCACAAACUGGAAGAUGGACUUUCCAUGGAUCGGUCAAGAGCGCUAACUCGGUAAUCAACACCACCGCUCGUUUACAAUACAAUUGCUCGACGUUGUUCGACGAGAUCGUCAGAUUGUGGCGAUGCGCGGCGUUGAAUCCACUCCUCACCACACAAGAGAAAAAUGCGUUAACUACUUAUCUCCAAUCAUCACAUCGAAUGGCUUGUGAGAAUAUUUGGAAAGCUUUGCCCAAGUAUCACCCGGAGAACCCAUUUCCACAGCAUCACGCAUUGGUUUGUUGGGUUUGCGACGAGAAAGGAGAGAAAUUGAAACCCGAGGCCGCGCAUUUCUCUCGAGAUUCUUUCCCGGGUUUCUUCUGUGCACUGGAAGCUUGUCAAGUGUCAUGGGACAAUUGUCUCAUCAAUGGAGUCGACGUGUUUCACCAUUUAUCAUCUGAGCACUGUUCCACCUCACUCCCAAUUGAUGGCAUCGAGGAGGCUGAGGAAAAUUUCCCAUCACUUCCAUUUCUUCACAAGAAACGAUCACCCACUUUGCACAGCCCAUUUCCACAAGGACCAUCACCGUUUGGAUCCCAUUUGCAAUCAUACGAUUGUCAUGUCUUUCCCGAGAAAAAGAAGAAAAAGAAGAAGCGACCAUUGGGUGGUGCAAUGGGACGGCGGGGACAUCAAGUAUUUUUGCCCGAAUUCUUCGAUCAUCGCUCUUUAAGAAGGGCGACCAGGGAGGCAGCCAGAAGAGCUGCUCGACUGGUGCAAGCCGGGCAACAGGAUGGCGGAGAUGAAAGCACAGAAAGCGGACAAGAGAGUGAUCUCCCCCAGAAUUUGCCCGCUUUCCAUCCACCCCGGGAUCAAGCCGGAUCGUCUGGGCAAAUUCAUCUUCCUAACAACACUGAAUUCCCGAAUGGGGACAUUGACCUAUUGCUGGCGUCAGCGCACGAAUCGGUCGAGGGUUUGGAGUUGAAAUUUGCUCGCUGUGAAGCUCUCCACGUUCAUGGGUAUGAGAAAGAAGGUUUCGCGAGCGCUUUGGAGUUGAUGCAAUUCCUUCGAGCGUCUCCACCGGAUCUAUCGCUUCCAUCGUCACUCAUCAAUCAUUUGGUGAAACAGAGUGAACGAGGGAAAAGAAUGGAUGAAUCGAGUAAUUGGGACAUCAAGAAAUGGAAAAAACCGAUCAGAAAUGGAAGAAACGAGAUGAUUUUGAAUCAACUGAUCUCUCCAUUGGUAACCGAUGCAAAACUACUGGCCACCUCUGAGAGGACAAUAAAGACUUUCGAAAGAGCCGCUUUCCUGGCAAAGAUCUUCGUGAGCGAUUCCUCGUUGCAUUCAAAGUUGUUCAAUUUUCUGCUUUUCGUGCUCGAACUUCCGCAGACGCCGAUGGCGAACAAGUAUCUUCAAGUGAAAUUGUUUCAUUUGGAGGCCUAUCUUCUAUCAGUGCUUCGCGGAAUCGAGAUCACCCAAUGCGAGCUGGGAAUGGUGAGAGAAAGAGCGGCCAAAUUGUGCAAUCGAAUCUCCCGGCCGUCACUCUUCUCUCCAUCAAUUGCUUUAUGCCAUUUCAUCUUCGAUUCACUCUCUUAUACGACAAACAUGUACCCAAAUGGGAAUCAUAGCCCGGCGUCGAGUGCAGCUAAGAAUAUCGGCAGAUUGCCGACAGAUGACGUCAUUUCGUUGAAGAUUGCUUUGGAUGCGCUGGGAAGCAGACAGAUCUUCUCGGAAGACGAUUGUCCAAUGUUGACGGAGACAGUGCGACGACAAAAGGGUUGUCUAGCAUCGACUUUAAUGAUUGGUUACAAAGACUCAAACGAGAUGCUCGGACAUGUGUUGGAUCGACUGCUCGACCCGAGAAUGCAUUUGAUGUACAAUGAGAUGAGACAUCAAUCGAAUGCUUGUUAUUUCCUCGAACAAGAUCCAUCCUACAAGAAAUAUUGUCAAAAGGGAGCUCGUCCACAUUAUCCAUAUCGGCCCGAAGAAUUGGAGAUCCUUGUCGCAGAGACAACUCAAGCAGCCUCGGCACCGGCUUUUGUGUCAAGAUCGGCGUCGUGCCAAUCCGCGGAGUCGACAGGCGAACUCCCAUCGGGAUCCGAGGGACCCGAGGGACAAAGUGCCGAUGAUGAAACAGAGCAAAUGACCCGUGGAUUGUCGAAUUUGAGUGCUCUUCCAUCAAAUCUCACCCAAUCGACUGUCGAAAGACAAAGCGAACAAUCCACAUCGGAAAGCACCGAUCGAAAUAGUCCACAAGCGUCAACAUGCUCUUCAACGGCUCCUCCGUCAGUUGGCAGAUCCUCCGUCAGUUCACUUUGUGCUGAGCCGAUAGACACCGAUGAUUCGGCUUGCAUUUCUAUGGAGUUAUUCAAAAAAAGAUCUAAAUGGAAUGCUCUUUACGCGUAUGGAAGUGAGCGACCAAGUGAGGCGGUUGGUCACCAUUACCUGGAGUUUGCGAAGAAAAUCAUGGCCGAAGCUGGCGGACCACAGGCGCAAUCACGAGAACACUGGAAUAAUCAACCGAAUCCGAACGUUCAGCAACAAGGCGUUAAUCGAAAGCUUCAAAUAGCCGCUUUCCUCAUCGGUCUUUAUGCGUUGGGAUUGAACAAUCUGGUGAAUAGCACAUGGCCGACCAGGACUUACAGUCAACAUGUGUCGUGGUUGAAGACGCAAAUUGAUGAAAUCGGUGGAGCAGCCAUUGAGAUCUUGCGAAGCACGUGGAGGAAACAUUUGGUUCCGGGAGAAGUGGCUGACAUCAUUUUGCAGCCGGGAUACAGCCGAGACGCGGCUACGGUGACUCAGGCAGCUCAUCUUGCCGUGGACGCCCUUCACUCUGCAGACGCGAUUUCCACUCAGAAUUGUACCCAAUUAUUGCUCCACUGCAAGGAGCAAAGCCCGGCUCUACUUGAACAAGCGUGUAGAGCAAUUGAAAAGGCUUCUGGAACGGGCGACGGAGUGGCGCCAGAGAUUCUCUUCAUUGUCGCCAAAUAUUGGCACGAGUUGUACAAGGAGAAUGAUGCUGCAAGCGCGGCAAGCACUUCUCAGCAACAACCACAGCAACAGUUACCACCAUCACCACAAAUAGUCGCCCCUCAAAUGAUGCCUCAACAAUUCCACCAACGACCGCCACAACGACAACCACAUUUCCACUCAUCGCAUAUGAACUACAUGCGACCAAACGCUUACGAUCCUCAACUGCCAUUCGGAUUCCAUCCCUCAAUGCCCCCACCCGCUCCUCCACAACAACAUUUCAUGGGUCAAGGCACGCCUCAUCACUCACCCAGACCGCACACAAUGUACCUCCAUCCACAACAAUUUCAGCCAUACCCAAUGAUGAUGGUGCCAAAUGGCGGUGUUGAUCCAUCUGUGAGAGGGCCGCCUCCAUCCAUCCAUCAGAGUCAUUCGGCUCCAUCACUUCUGCCCGGUCAAAUCCCUCAACAAAACGAUCCAUCGAUUCAUCCGAUCUCUCAGCAAUUCAUCCCCUACUCGUCACAUCAUUAUAAUAUGCCAAGCGAGGUGGUGUUUGAGAAAUUGCUGCUCGCCUACAAUGUGGGCAUGAAAGCGUUGGAGACAAUGGGGAAAAGGGAACAAGAUGAUCGACAGUAUAUGAAAUAUUCUGAGAACCCGGGCAUGAAAGAGGAUAUCAUGUGGCUGCAUCGAGUGGCUUCCGAUUUGGAUCAAUUCAUUCGUUCACAACAACCCGCUGCUUAUUCCAUUGAUUUCUAUCGGAUGGCUAUUCAAUGUGUGGCCUCUCCAUUUAUCCUCUUCGAAUUGGCCGAAAGGAGUACAGAAUUACGCGGUUUGAUGGGUGGAGCUCAAUCGGGUCUCAUCUACCCACCAAGAUCCAUCCAUCCCAUCAAUCACAACAGAGUCAAAUACGUGAAUCCACCCGGAUCGAUUCGGCAAGCUUUCAACUCAAUCGGUUUCCCGUUUGUGAUCGGUGAAUUGAUCGAGGAAGCGCUGGAGGCCUUCUAUACAGCACUCGCAUGCAAGGUCACCCAUCCAAGAUUGGGUGCUUCCGAGAAAAAUGAUGCAAACAACUUGGUGUUAAAGGCGGCGAAGUGUAUCCAAUGGAUUCCCGUGCAACCACUACGACAACAGAACCACGAGGCUUUUGUGCGUCACAUCAUGGCGUCAAUCAAAUCUCGGGACAAAGAGCUCCGGAACGAGUUGCUCCAAGCAAUGAACACGCAAUUCAGC